AUGUACAUGUCUUUGUUGAAUCUCUUUCCAGGUGGGCUGACCAAGACUGUCUGUCCGAAUUACGCUCGGCCUCCGGGACCGGUGUUGCCGUACGAUGAAUCUCUCCGCCUCAAGCAGAUUGACGCCAGUCAAGCUUCGUCGGCAUCUGGUCUGUUAGCCUCCUCCAGUGCCGCAGACUCGCUAUCCUCGUCUGUACCAACCUCAUCCUCAGCUUCCUCAAACUCUGCGUCAUCUUCGGACCAUGCUCGCUUGUCGAAGCUGCGGUCAAUUCGGACGGACACCAUGCAGAUGGAUGAGUGCUGCGCCUGCGGUAGUGCCACGUACAGGCUGACCUUCCGUGGCGUCUGGAAUCGUAAGACGCACCCACGCGACUGGCCCAUCGGUCAAUCGGGCCUUCUUCACUGGACCAACCUAAUCGGUGCCAGUCACAUGGCCGGCUUCAGUUUAUACCGUCCGGGAGAGCCGGCCAGUGCUGGUGUCCAAUCGGUCUGCAUGUACGGCGACACAACAGUGCUGCGACAGCAACUGGCUCUUGUGUCUUCCAACUCGGACGGCAUCAGCGGAGUCCCAACUGGCACCCAACGUGGUGCCUAUGGCUUAACACCAUUGCACAGGUGGGCUUCAGUUGGCCUCGACGAGAGUCAGGCGAACCGGCAAUUUAGAAGCAGUUCUACCGCAAAACAUACCGCCGCUAUGAAGUGUGUUCAUUCUAUUUCGUUUAAGGUGACAAGGGGAUUGACAAUUGAAUUUUCCCACAAUGAUAUGAUUAGACAUGAUGUUUUCAUUAAAUUUCACAUAGAAUAUUCACCUGUGAAAUUCAGCUACCAGUCCCCUUUACCACCCUAA